AUGAAAAAAUUUUUAAUUUUCCCCAAGAGUAAUUUGAAGAGGAAAAAACGGCCUUUAUUUUCUAAUAAUUCUCCCCAUUUUUAUUUUUCAAAUGAUUCAAGAGGACCCCAAAAAAAUUUUUUCAUUAUUCUUUUGUUGCUUCUAAAAGUGCUAGUACCUGGUAAUGGACAAGCUGCUUUUGGCCCCGUAAAUCAGUGCCCAAUGGGGCAGAUAGCAGAUGGAUCAUGCUUUAUUUAUGGCUUUUGCUUCAAUCAACAAGAGCGGUGCUUAAACGGAGUUUGCUGUCGUCCUCUAGUGCCUCAAUGCCCUGUCGGCUUCAUUCCCGAUGGAUUUUGUUCAUACACUGGAAUUUGUUUCGAAUUAAAUCAGCGUUGCCUUAAUGGAGUUUGUUGCAGACCAAACCAAGUAUAUCAACAAUGCCCCCCAGGGACAUUUCUAGACGGCUACUGUUCCUAUACUCGAAUUUGCUUUGAUCCGCGCGAAACUUGUUUUAAUGGACUUUGCUGUCAGAGUUAUGGACAAGGACAGAUUCCUCCUAACUAUCCGCCGAAUCAGAUAUACCCCCCUAAUCAACCUAUAUAUCCUCCCAAUCAACCCAUAUAUCCUCCGAACCAACCCAUAUACCCUCCCAAUCAACCAAUAUACCCUCCAAAUCAACAAAUAUAUCCCCCUAACCAAAUAUACCCUUCUCCAAAUCAAAUUUACCCCCAAAACCAAAUAUACCCUGUAAAUCAAAUUUAUCCUACCAACCAAAUUUACCCCACCAACAUCUAUCCUUAUCCUCGACAACAAAUUCCAGGAGGAAUUGGUGGCAUCUAUCAACCAUAUCCUAUUGGUGGUCUAGGAGGAAUGGGUGGUAUACGGCCUAUUGGUGGGGGAAUAGGCGGCCUUGGAGGAAUUGGAUAUGGCGGAAUUGGCAGUCUUGGAAUGGGAGGACUUGGAGGCUUAGGAGGACUUGGAGGAUAUGGUGGAAUUGGAAGCCUUGGACUUGGUGGAGGACUUGGAGGAAUGGGAGGCGGACUUGGUGGCCUAGGAGGAAUUGGCGGCCUUGGCGGUAUGGGUGGAAUGGGAGGACUUGGAGGAAUCGGUUUCGGGUGUGUAGAUUAUCAUCCAUAUUGUCCCCUUUACACUACUUACUGCUUUUCUUCAACAAUUGUGGAAGUAUGUAUGGAAAGUUGUGGACUUUGUGAUAUUUACAAAAGGUGA